UGAUUGAUCGCACGCUGAGAGUACUCAUCAUGCUGUUCCGCGUCGUUGUGAUGGUGGCAGUGUUCCAGACAGCUGUCACAGAGGAGCCAGUGGAUCUGACCAGGGUGUCAAGAGGGGCACUUUACAUCAGACUGCCAGCGCCAUACUCGAGUAACAUGUCGCAGUGUCUGGACCCUCAACUGAACCAGAUGUAUGACGAGGGUGAUUUCUGGUCCUCGCCCUUCUCUGAUUGCAAACUCAACACCUGUGUGGACAUCAACGGUGUGCUCAACGUGGAACGCUACUCAUGCCCGACGGUGGACGCGAGCCUCCUGAAGAAGGAGGGCUACUUCUGUCGCUACGCGUUCGGCGACAGGAACAAGGCGUUCCCCCACUGCUGUCCCAACAUCCGCUGCAAGCACAUCGUCAACGGAAAGAUGAUGCCGCUGCCCGAACAAAUGUACCCGAAAAUGCAACCCGAGAGUUGAGAUGACAUCCGGAGGCUGUCAGCUUGAUAGAACGUGACAUGAGCCGAGAUGUCGUGCCAAAGUUUGUCCUGU